AUGUACGGACGGAAGACACCUUCUACAUACCGAUCUACACCAUCUGUGUAUUCUCAUUACACAGGAAAGUCAUCAACAAACUUGCGUUCAACAAAAUCUGUUCGAUCAUUGAGAGUGCCAUGGUACCAGAAGCCUAUAUUACAUGAUGCAUAUUUCCUUGAUCUCCAAAGGGGCUCAUUGUUGACUGGGUUCAUCUCACUUUUUAUAGCUCUGUUUACAUUUGCACACAGCGUGUUUGAUCUGUACUGCCUGGGUAUGGCAGCGCCUGGGUCAGUCCAUUAUGGUUACUACAUAAUGAGUUUCCAGUUUGUUUAUGUGGGAAGCGCACCAGUUCGCAAUGUUCUGAUAGUCUUUGCUCUGUUCUCAUGGGUUGGAUCUGUUGCGGUAAUUGUGACGAGCAUUAUUCUCAUAAAUGCUUUAAGAAAGGAAUAUGAGAAGCGUGUUGUGCCAUGGCUUUACUCCUUCGGGGUAUUCAUAAUUUUCCGUCUAAUUGCCUUUAUAUUUGCGUCGAUAGUGAAUGACAUGAUAUUCGCAUACAAUGUGCUGAUGUGCCUUAUAUGGAUAGUAUUCUGCAUUGCUGGCAUGUACGGCUGGCUGUUGGUUUAUAGUUUGUAUUUAGAACUGGCUGAUUUGACGAAACUGGAGGACUUGGCGCAUUUGAGGAUGGGAACUAUGGCGUCUUUGAACGCUUCUCUAGCUGGUUCUCGACCUACCACGCCUCAUAGCACCGUGUCUACUAUGCCGGCCUCGCAUAUAUGA